AUGUUAAGGAAGAGGCCGACGGGGUGCGGGAACUCGAAUGACGAGAUCAUCGACAAGUGCCUGGUGGAACCGCACGUCCAGGCCCGCUACGCCGCGCACCGCGGCACCGCCCGCCCGCCCGCGGCGCCCGCCUCCUACCCCAGCCUGCGCCUCAACACGGGCCAGAAGGUGGUGCGCUUCGGAGACGAGGAUAUAACUUGGCAAGAUGAGCACUCAGCUCCAUUCUCCUGGGAAACGAAGAGUCAGAUGGAGUUCAGCAUUGCAUCUCUGUCCAUACAAGAACAGAGUGGUGCCCAGACACAAAAUGAACAGAGGCAGCCACUUAAAGCAGCACCUGGUGUCCAAGUCCCUAAAUCUUCUCAGGCUAAGACCCCUGGCUCUGAUGGGUUAAUAGCACCCAGAAAAGAUGAGGAGUCCUCAUUCUGGAAGAUAAAUGCAGAGCGCUCUAAGUUUGAAGGAGACAAGUCUGAGUUCCAGUCCUUGACCCCCAGCCAGAUCAAGUCCAUGGAGAAAGGAGAGAAACCCCUUCCCUCUUUUUACAGACAAGAGUCUGCUCCAAAGGAGGUGGCAAAAGCUGACAAGCCCAGCAUAACGAAACCUGAGAAGUCUGUUACCCCCAGUCUACCUUCUGUAUCUCUUGAAUGGGAGAAACCUCGACCCACUCAAGUCCCUGCUAGUUCUCUAGAUGAUUUCUUUCUUCCUGACCCACCACAGGACCUGGCAUCUUCUAGGACAAAUAAGGAAGAUACUGAUGGUACUUUACUUACAGAUCCACAAAUGCCUGGACAGACUAGUACAAGCAAUGUUAUCUUGAAGACUGGCUUUGAUUUUCUAGACAACUGGUAAAAGGUGCAUCAAAAUAGUCCGAACCAAUUUGGGGAAGGAGUGAGAUAUCAUUCUCUUCAUGUGUUAAUUUACUAGUAUUUGUGUCUUUUUCUAGAAUUAACUUUCAAAUUCUUAAAUGUUGCCUUUGUAUAAACUUUUGUAAUACCAGAUGCAUUUUUGGUUUUUAAACAGUAUUAGAUGUGUGAUUUCAUUUUGAUUUAUUUUUAAAAUCUGUUAAAUUUUUAGUAGCUACUGUUUUGAGAGGAUGGGAGAAGUUACCAAGUAGACAUUAAAGGAAAACAAAUGAGCGUCUCUGCAUCUGAGAAGUGGAACCUACAGGAGCAGGUUGUUAUUUUCAAUUGAAACCUUGCUAGCGUGGCCUGUAAGUAAUAGCACAGCACAUGCAGUGGUUCCAAAAAAAAAAAACCCAAAUGAUUCUGUAGUUCAGAUAACUAGCAAAAGCAGUAUGAAAAAUAAGCAUACAGAGUGCGUUGAUUUCUAUAUCUCAUGUAGUCUGGAAGUAACUUUUGUAUUACUUAUUUGAAAAUACUUUUCUUUUGAAGAGGGCAGAGGUAUUGCCAAAAUGAUGGAUCCAAAGAAGCACUUCUUCUACCCUACAAAUCUGCUAACAUAACCUGAAUAGUGUUAGAGAAAUGUCCUGGGGAAAGAAUUGAUGUUUCUGAUCUUUGGAUUAAAGACUUGAAUUGGGGAAGGGAAAUAGGACAACACCUUAUGAAUGGGAGAAACUGUCUUCAGGGAAUACAAGCCUAACGAUUCACUGCCUCCUUGUUAGAGCAUAACUCUUCUUAACA